CAUGGUGCCAGCCGGUGUCAGAGCUCAGUGUCCUGCAUGGCUGCAGGGAUGGGGGAGCAGGCGCCGGGCGCCCCAGGGGAGCCGCGCAGCUUUCAGCUGGACAAGGAGUUUCUGGCAUCACCCAAGGGACUGCUGAUGCUUGGCGAGCUGGCGCUGAGCCUGCUGGUCUUCGCCCUGCUUACGGCCUCGGUGUCAGCCUACAUGGGCGCCGCAUUGCUGGAGACCCUGCUCACAGCUGCAGUUCUGGGCCUGCGUGGCACCCACGCUCACCACCACCUGCCCGCCCUGCACUGGCCCUGCCUGGACAUGCUACGCUGUGGCAGUGCCGCCCUCAUCUUUCUCGUCGUGGCAGUCGCUGCUGUUGCUGCCAGCCGUGAAGGGGCGGCUGUGAGCGCUGGGACUUUUGGGUUGGUCCUGGCAGGGGUCUUUGCUUACGAUGGGGUCCGGACCUACCGGCUCCAGCAUGCUGCGGGGCUUGGACAAGAUUCCAGGGUGGAAGCAGAAGAGUGAGCCUGACCCACAGCCCUUGUCCCCUCCCCAGGUUCCCUCACUCCCUGCCCCCUUCUAGCCCUGCCAGUGCCCCCCACUCCCAACCUGCAGCCCCCUGACCCAUGAGUCCUGCUACCCCAACCUGCAGCCCCCUGCCAGUGCCCCCCUAGGUUUUGGUGGGGGCUUAGUGGGAGAUGAGGCCUGAUUCUGCACUUGGCCUCUCCAAGCUCUUGAGUAUGGGCAACCCCCCUACCAAGGCCAGUGUGCAUCAGUCCACGUGUCCAUUUGUCCUGUCCCAUCCC